GUGCCGCGCGGUCUCCAGCGCGUUUCCGUUUCAAACCUGAACUUCCGGUUCGUUAGCCGGUUCCGGUCCUCGUUUUUCACUUCCGGUCGCCCUCGGUUCCGCUGCGGCCGGUUCCUGCGUCCACUGCUGCCGGUUCCGCCGCGCUCCAGGUAUCUUUUUCUGAGUGAAAGCUGCUUGAUCAUAUGUUUCAAGGAUGGCUCUCCCUAUCAUCGUAAAAUGGGGUGGACAGGAAUAUUCAGUGACCACACUUUCAGAAGAUGAUACCGUGUUAGAUCUCAAACAGUUUCUUAAGACCCUUACAGGAGUGCUACCAGAACGCCAAAAGUUACUUGGACUCAAAGUUAAAGGCAAACCUGCAGAAAAUGAUGUUAAGCUUGGAGCUCUCAAACUGAAACCAAAUACUAAAAUCAUGAUGAUGGGAACUCGUGAGGAGAGCUUGGAAGAUGUCUUAGGUCCACCUCCUGACAAUGAUGAUGUUAUCAACGACUUUGAUAUUGAAGAUGAAGUAGUUGAAGUAGAAAAUAGGGAAGAAAACCUACUGAAAAUUUCUCGCAGAGUAAAAGAGUAUAAAGUGGAAAUUUUGAAUCCUCCCAGGGAAGGGAAAAAGCUUUUGGUACUAGAUGUUGAUUAUACGUUAUUUGACCAUAGGUCUUGUGCAGAGACUGGAGUAGAAUUAAUGCGACCAUAUCUUCAUGAAUUCCUAACAUCUGCAUAUGAGGAUUAUGACAUUGUUAUUUGGUCCGCAACAAAUAUGAAGUGGAUUGAAGCUAAAAUGAAAGAGCUGGGAGUGAGCACAAAUGCAAAUUAUAAGAUUACCUUCAUGUUGGACAGUGCUGCUAUGAUAACAGUGCAUACUCCAAGGAGAGGAUUAAUAGACGUAAAGCCUCUUGGUGUUAUAUGGGGAAAGUUUUCGGAGUUUUACAGCAAAAAAAACACCAUAAUGUUUGAUGACAUUGGAAGAAAUUUUCUAAUGAACCCACAGAAUGGACUAAAGAUAAGACCUUUUAUGAAAGCGCACCUAAAUCGAGAUAAAGACAAAGAACUUUUAAAAUUAACUCAGUACCUCAAGGAGAUAGCAAAAUUAGAUGACUUCUUGGACCUAAACCACAAAUAUUGGGAAAGGUAUCUGUCAAAGAAGCAAGGACAAUAGUUACAAGUUAUACUGGCAGUUAUUGAGGAUACUUGAGAUCAUGAACCUCUUGCUUUUAUGCUAGAAAUCAUUAUGAUAGUGCUGGACACUGCAGUGAAUAUCAGACUGCUUAUACUUGGUCUUCCAGUUUUUUGUAAAUUUAAUUUUAUAUUUUUUGAAGAUCAUAGCAAUAUGCUAAAAAAAUCCUUUUUUCCCCCUCUAUGAAUAUACUCUUACCCUUGAAAAAUAUUUUCUCCAGCAUUGAGUACUGAGUUCCCCCCCCCCCCCCCCCCCCCAAAACACAAAAGUCGACAAAAAUGUAUACUCAACAAUGUCAUUUUGUGACUUUGGAAACAAGUUAUGUCUUGCGUUUUUGUUUCAUUGUGUUGUUGUCUGACUAAAUCAAAGACCAAACCCAUCUUGCAACUACUCCUUUUCCCUUUAAAACAAAACAAAACAAAAAAAAGUUUUUGCAUAAGGAUCCUAGUUUGGUAUGCUUAAAAUCACCAAGAGUUUUUUUAUUCCUUUGUCAUAGACACCGUUUCUCUUCUUACUGUGCACUAUUUACAUCUCUAAAUUUUGAGCUGUCUCAGUUUGGUCUAUAUGUGUGUCCGUGUUUUUUGAGUAAAACUGGAAAACGUCAGCUGUGAUACAAGUGUGUCUCAUAGUAUGAGAAAUAGAAAACAUAAGACUGAAGAAUACAAACUAAGGAACAAAAGUUAUUUCUUUUUGGUGGCUAAGUAGAAGCACUUCUGCCUAAAACCGUUGUCAUGAAAGCAACUAAAGGCAAUACAUUUUUAAGGGGACAGCCCUAAAAAGCAUGAACAAAAAGUUUUUGUUCUGUUCCAGCUAUAUCUUGUCUAAUUGCAAACACUGUGUCUCAGUGAAAAUAUUUAGCCAUAAGAUUAAAAAAAAUUAUUUGCAAUGCUUACACCUGCAGAUAUGUAAUGUGACCACUGUUUUGUGUUGACAGUAUUGCUUUACAGUUCUUAUAUUUGAAAGGAAUCUGAUCCUUUCAAAUAAACAUGGUGUAUAUUGUUCUCACGGGACUAUUUCAGUGGUGUAAAUAAUAAAUACUUUUUC